UUGCUUCGGCAGAAGAGAGGAACAACCUGAAAGUAAAGUUGACCAACUCCAAAAUGUUAUCUCAGUCUCUGUGCCAAGUUUGCAAAUGGUUGCUUCUACGCAAUUUAGAACUGAGCUCAAUAAAUGCAGUUACUUUCACCAGAAGGAUCCAUUCUUCAGUAAAACAGCUUUCUGAAUGUGAGUUAAAGGAAGAAACCAUACAAAAACGUGAAACCGAAGAGUUGCCUCAAAUUGCAGAAGACAAAAGUUAUGGAAGAUUGCAUAUGCCAGUGAUGCUGGAGGAAGUUGUUAAUUUUUUAUCCCCACAGCCAGGCCAGUGUUUCUUUGAUAUGACGUUUGGAGCUGGAGGUCAUACUACAGCUCUUCUACAGAAAGCCAGUGACGUUACAAUAUAUGCUCUAGACAGGGACCCCACGGCUUAUAAAAUAGCUCAGCAGCUUUCAGAAUCUUACCCGAAACAGAUUCGAGCUCUUCUAGGACAGUUUAGCCAGGCAGAGGCUUUGUUAAUCUCAUCUGGAGUUGAGCCGGGAACUCUAGAUGGAGUUCUCUUGGAUGCUGGCUGUUCUUCGAUGCAAUUUGAUUCACCUGAAAGAGGUUUUUCACUGCAGAAGGACGGUCCUUUGGACAUGAGGAUGGAUAGUGACAGGUACCCUGACAUGCCCACUGCUGCUGAUGUUGUGAAUGCUUUAGAUCAACAGGCGCUUGCGUCCAUCCUGAGAACAUACGGGGAGGAGAGGCAUGCCAAGAAAAUCGCUUCUGCCAUCGUUCAGGCACGCAGCAUAUACCCCAUCACCAGAACUCAGCAGCUUGCAAGCAUUGUUGCAGGUGCUUUUCCAGCAUCAGCAUUGUACGCGCGAAAAGACUUGCUUCAGAGACCUACUCAUGUUGCUACCAAAACUUUCCAAGCACUGCGAAUAUUUGUAAAUGAUGAGCUCCAUGAACUCUUUAUGGGGCUGAAGACAGCUGAGAAGUUUCUAAAGCCUGGAGGUCGACUUGUAGCCCUUUCUUUUCAUUCACUAGAAGAUCGUAUUAUCAAACGUUUUCUGUAUGGAAUAGACAUGACAGAAAAGUACAACCUUGGCUCAAGGCAGAAGAUAAGACAAGGUCUAAAAAAUUGCUCCAAAGAAGAAGACACAGAGGAAUUUUCCCAUGGAAAAUCCAACUCAAAGUGGGUUUUUAUACAGAAAAAAGUUCUCACACCCCAGGCCAAGGAUGUUCAAACAAACCCAAGAGGGAGGUCUGCCAAGUUAAGAGCUGCUUUGAAGCUCUAGAGCAAAAUGUAUGAUUACAAAAUUGUAUGAUUUCCUAAAAUUUCCUCUUCGAGAAGGAUAACUGAACAGAUAGUAUCACAUUGAAAAAUUAAGUGAAAAAAAAUGCUGUUGGGAAACAUUUCUUUUUUACUUUUGUAUUUCUUUUUACUUGGGGUGUAGCGUUGAAAACAGGACAUCAAAAGGUAAAAUAUGGGUAGAUGAGAGGGUGUCACUAGUUAUACAAAAAAGACAACUUUUUUAAAAGAGUAUCAAAACCAGACCUUAUAAAAAUUACAAUUUGGGUGCAUUGACACUAUAUCCUUUAGAUUUAAUUCAGUACUUUGACAUGAACAAUCUAAAUUCAGUGGCUGAUUGAGAGAGAGACAUUUUUGCAGGGAUUGAUUUAGCACACCUGAGUCAGAUGACUAAUUUAGUCUAGAGUAAGUUUAAAGUAACCUAAGAAUUCACGAUAUAUGAAAUUCUGUGUCUCUAUUGAUUCAUUGCGUGAAUGCCUGUAGGACUAUUCCAAUUACUAGUUCUUAAAUAAAUUAAUAUCUGAUGUUUUACCCAAGAAAUUGUAAAUAGGCUUUUACCUUUGUUAAUUAGUAAAUUUUUACAUUAUCUGAGUGAUCAACUGGUUAGAUAAUGUUUAUGGCAUCUAAAUAAUGAAUGUAUUUUGGGGGAAAAAAAGAUGCUUAGAAGUUCACUAUUUGUAUGCAGAUACUAAAAGCAGCAACAACUGGAGGAAGAUUUGUAGUAGAUAAUUUAGAUUUCUUUCUGUGGCCCUAACUUCUGCGCAUAGAUCCAGUAAAGCUUUUGUGUUGAUUCAAUUAUAAUUAACUCAUCAAAAAAGGGGUUAUGUGGGUCUUAAGCCGUAUUCUCAUUUGCUGCUGAUGGUUUAUUAAGAGUUGCUACUAGGGAGCAUAGUAAAUUAUUUUUAAGUGGUCCAUUUUAACACUAGAUUCCUAUUUGGAUGCUGUGCUAACUAGUAUAAUUUGUAAGAAUUUUUUUUUUUUGAUAAAGCUAAUAAAUAUGAAAUGGAUCGAGCUCUGAGUUUGUAUUUUAUCUUAAAAGACUGUUGCUUUGUUAUCUUACAGAUAACCGGGAAAAUAGUGUAAGUUUCAACUUUUUCGAGCUCUGACUCAUCUCUUCAGAAGAAGAAAAAAAAUCUUUAUUUGGAUAAUCAAAUAUGUAGCAGCAUUUCAUUUCUGCUAAAGCUGGUGCUUGGCUGGUAGAAUAAGAAAAUUCUGAAUUUCUGACUCUAAAUUAAAUGAUUACUACACUAGCUUGUGAAAGAAAACUGACUGGGUGACUUCAGGCUUGAUUUUCAUCAAACAUCCUCUUUAUGUUGAUGUAAAUUUGAUUACUUCACUGGAGUUGUUUGAGUCAUAUUGACAUAAAGAAGUUGAAAUUUAGGUUCACCAUCUAUAAUAUACACUAUACUGAAAUAUCUUAAUUCCUUGGUAGAGCUAAGCCAUCUAAUAUCAGUGAUGUUCUUAGGUUUAUACAUCAUGAUUUACAUCACUAGUCUGAAAUAACAGCUGAAUUAUGAUGGGCACUUCAUAUUUUUCUGAAAUUUCAAUAUUUCACUUUCAUUAUGUAUGCUAUUAAAUAUUAAAUACAACAUACCACUUCAAAUAAUAUUAUUUACUGUUGACAAUUUAGAGACAAGAGACUAUACCUUAAAUAGACUUUUUAAAUCCUAACAUUAAAUAUAAAUACCAGAAGUUAUUUUUAGUUAAGAUACCAUAUUGAAAUGUACAUAUUGAAAAUUCCUCCAAUCUAAUUUAAAAGGCACAAUUUCUUAUGCUCGUGACCAAGACUCAAUACUGUAUUCCUAUUGUCAGUUCCUUACCUUUGGGUUUGAGUUCCACAGCCAUGGCAGGGCGUCAGUCAUUGAGCUCUUCUCCAUAGAUGAUGAUCUGUUUUGUUCCCCUCGGGGUGUCCUUAAUUUCAGCUUUGAACUGGUGAUAUGGAGAGUGCAUGGAUUUUAAUUUACGUUUAAAAGCACCUGAAAGCAGAAUUUUCUGUUUUUUCCAGAAAAACUUCUGUUUAUCAUUAGCCAACGUGCUCUUGUAUCUAUUAAGUGUUUCAUUUUCAUUUAGUAGGUAAAGUUGUAUUAGGUGAAGAAUAUAAGAUCUCUAUGUUCUUUUCAAGACUCAGGUAUACGUAGCAUAUGUUAAACUUUCCUAACAUGGUAUGCAUGACACAUUAGUAGAACUAAACAUUUUUCACCAUAACCAAAAAUUUUAUUUAUGAAGACAGUGUACCAUGGAAAGUUACAGGCUCACUGAAAACCAAAUCAUGCUGUCAAGAUACAAAUCGUACAUCAUUUCUAAAAUGUUGCCAUGCAACCUGAGCAACGUUCAUUUUAAUACAGCCAAACACAAGAUAAUAUAUCUAAGGAGAAGGACUGUAGCCCAUGUUUACAAGAAAUACGGCAAUACUACGGUGCUAAACAUGACAGGAGGAAGAGAAACUUGAGAUGUGUAAGAGAAGAAUAUCAAGUAAUAGCUGUGGGGCGACAGUGGUGUUGCCAAACAGUAUGGCUGUGCAGAGCAUAUUGCUACCGUUCAUUGGUAUUUUUUCAUGUCAGUACUUCAAAAGGACGUGGAAAAAUUUAAAAAAGGAUCGGAAACCUGCUAUGUGACUAUUUCUAUGCCUUGUAAACAUGCUUUAUAUUGAAAUGUUUUAAAAUUUUGAUUUAACUGGGUAAACUGGUAACCGGUAGUGCAAGAGAAGGUCAAGUUUUAAUGUUUAUAGUCUAAAGUACCUAUCUGGAAAGAGAUCACUGAUGGUAGACAGUAGUAAAACACAUGAUUGUUUGAAGAUUAGACACAGUUAUGCUAUGAGGUUUUUAUAGUUAAAAUAAAAUACUUCUUAAAAACACCAUUCUAAAUUAUAAGCAAAUAGCUAUAUUUAAAGCCUAUUUAACUAUGUGAGGGCCUGCCAACAGCUGUUACUAUUGUUUCACUGUUGUUGCCUAAAGAAAAAUAAAGUUUCAGUGUUUUAUA